UUGGCAUCUCCUACACGUAGACGUCAUCCAUUCGUCAACAUUCAAGCUUGUCAACAUUGUCAACAUCGUAUGCUGCCAUUUUUUCUGGGGUACAGAGAAAUAGAGAAAAAGGAAAAUCAGAGCUUGCCAUGCAUUACAACAGGAAAUCAUUCCCAAGUAUAAGAGAAGAAGGAAAUAAUCCUUUUGCCACAAGACUAGUAAUUUGAGGAUCAGCCAGCAACAAUGAUGUCUUCGUGUUUUGGUUUGCGAAAGAAGAGCCAUGAUCCCGAACGCGAACCGUUGCUCCCUCGAUAUGAGCAGGACACUCACUUGCAGCGAGAGCUUUAUCGCAAACUCCACAGCUAUCAGAUGCUCAGAGCUUUGAGCAAGGGAUAUAUGCCCACUACCGAACAGACCAUUAUUAAUCUACGCACUUUGUUGGCGAGUAACAUCUUGAAUCCCGAAAACCCAGAUCUAUCCAAUAGCGGUCGUCGUCUAGUGCGCCUUACCAAGCUAUGGCUUCAGCAAUUCAUCGCUCUCCUGCAGCACAAAAACGGCAAUGAUCAACUUCAGGAUCUCAUCUGGUUCUUAACCAAAAGCAGCAUAUCCGUCGAUGUUGAUGAUCUUGCCACGAGAGCUAAGAAAUCCAAGUCGAAAGCGGACAUUGCUGUCGCCUACCAAAGCGUGCGGACUGUAGGUUCACUACUACUUACCAACCCAGACUUCCGCACGUUUCUUGGUGACCUCAAUAUCGUUGGCCGAGAGAUUUUCAGUGACUCAGCUUUCGCCUUAAGUAGCGCUGCUAAACAAGUAGGCGAACAACUAGAGCCAUCCUGCGAGGAGCAACAAAGUCUAGCCGAGUCCGGAAACGAUAGUGAUGGAGAGCCUCCCACCGCACAGAAUCUUGAGGAUGAAUUUGAGGAUGCUAGUAAUAUUGUCGCUGACCAGAGCGCCGAGGUUGCAACUACGACAAUAGAGAGCGCUAAGGAUAAGAUUUUCGGUGACGAAGGCCAGACGCUCUUAAAACGGCUUCAGCAAGUCGUGUUGAAUCUUCGAAAGCGCAAAGACUACUCAGAGUCUGUGUCAACGCUCUCGUUGCUCAUCAAGCGCUAUGCCAUAGUAUACUCUCGUGCCGCGGAGCAGGUCUUGGAGGUCGCCCAGGAUGAUGUUCACGAGAAUCAGGAGACAGAUCGUGCUCUUACCAACCUCUGGGAGUUUGUGAAGAGCUUCGGCGACACAGAAGAAUGGGAUAGAUGCGAAGCAUUUCUAAGGAAGGUCAUGAGCCAUAAGGACAAAGAUCCUGAAUUUGAAGACCUGCUUCAGGAUAUCGGAGACAAUUUGCAAAACCUUCUCAUGGACCCAGACUUUUUCAACAAUGCCGACAAAAAGCUUCAGGAACUGAAGGAGAAAAGUAGACAAGUAGGGACAGAAAGCGAUUUACGUCAAGACAUUGAUGAGCUUUUACACCAAUUAUCCAUUACAUUCCAAAGUGUGGCUAGAGAUGAAGAUAUUCACAACCUGACAACCACCACCCUGCGCAUCUUCGGCGUGCUCUCCCCUUCCGGAUCAGCAACAAACACUGAGCUGAUUCAUGAUGCUCUCAACGUCUUCAUCCCUCUCAUCAUUACUGCUGUGCAGCACGUUCCGGUCCCCCGCCUCGAGCUCAGUACACCAGCAAUCGACCUCUUGUUAGAAAAUCUCAUCAUUGAGCCUGGAACUACAGUGAACGAUACCUCGUUCCUUCCGUAUAGACUGAAGAUCGAAACCUAUAACGAUGUCGAGAUUCGAAAAGCCCGCUUCCGAACCAACACUAGUACCAAAAAUUUGAUGCUUAUUAAGAUUGAUGGCCUCUCGGCGCGCGCGGACGAGGUUGGCUUUUGGCUUCGUGCCCAUAGCGGGUUAUUCCGUCUUGCAGAUGAGGGAAUCAUGAGCUUCGCGUUAGAUGAACGUGGUAUUGAUAUCCAUCUCGAGAUUGAAAUAUGCCGCGAGCGUCUAGAGCAUGUCCUGACACUACGUCGCGUGAAGGUUAGGGUACACAAGCUGAACUAUAAGCUUGGGAAGAGCAAAUUUGCAUUUUUGGGUUGGCUCAUCAAGCCGUUCCUACGCUCUAUACUCAAAGCUACCAUGGAAGCCCAACUCGCCGCCGCUAUCGGGGACCUACUUCAUGCAGCAAACCGCGAGCUGCUAUUUGCACGAGAGCGGCUUCGGGCAACGCGCAUCGCCAAUCCUAAGGAUCUAUGGACGUUCCUUAAAGCUGUCGCAGCGAGACUAGUGCCUGCAGAAGACCCAGACCUAUAUACGAGGGUUGGCGUCGAACAGCCGGGUCGUGGUGUCUUCAAGGGUGUCUACGCCCCUGGUAGUAUUGUCAAGAUAUGGAACGAGGAAGCUGGUCAGGCACAAGACCGCAUCGAACAGUUUGAUGCGGGCGGCUGGAAGAACGCAGUCUUUGAUACGCACGUGCAUUCUCCCACUUGAGGUCCUGUUCCUCGCACGAAUUCCGUUUUUGUCAAGUAUAAAGCUAGCCGGCGUUCUCCAGGGGGUGUACGUUAAGUUGAGCGUGCUUUAGGAUCCAAUGCGCGGCAGGGAAAUUGCGAAAGAGCCGUAUCAAGCCUAUCGUUCUUCUUCAGUAUGCCUAUUCGACGCGAAGUCCUUGUUGGUAUAAGCCUGGCUAUAUAUUGCGUGA